ACCAGCGGUAGCGAAAAAUUACUCAAAACCGAUGACAAAACAGCAAUAUCGUGAUUUUUCAAUGAUAAAAUAUCACCGACAUCUCGUUUUCCGUCUAAAAUCUGGAAAUAAAGUGGAUAAAAUGAUCAUUUGUGACGUACAACUGCGUCAAAUUACCGUGAAAAAUACGUAAACGUUGUGGAAUUGACUGUGCGUGGGGUAUCGACAUGAUUUUUUAUUCGCGAAUAAAACGAAAUAGAAAAGCUGGAGGGGGGUGACGACAAAGGGGACGGCGGGAUUGUCAAGUUUUGGCCCGCGGAAAAGUUAUGCAAUCAGCUGAUCGCUUAACAUCUACUGUCACUUGUCAAAUGAAUGUAAAACGACUGGUUGAAGCCAUUGGGGGAAAAAUGACAAUCAGAUCUAAACAAACCGACACAUGAGCUGCAUUGCCACAUGAUUCGUCGUAUAUUUGUCGGCGAAUUGUAGUCCCAGACAACGAGAAACAAUAACCAAAAACAAAUUAGUGGAUUGGUACGCAGGAUAUGAGCAGUUUGUCAAGCGCAAUCUGACUCUGCUCCCCCACCAGGAUCCAGUGCAGCAGCCCCAAGUGCUGUCCCAAACCCAGCCAACUGACAUUAUGACGUCAAUGUUCGAUCAACAAAUAAAGAGUGAACCAAUGGGAUUUUAUUCAGUAGCAUCAUCGCGAUCAGACGGUUCAAAUUCAAUGGUCAAUCUGUCAGACGAUCGUGAGGAUUUAUCACAGCAGGAGGAUCACAUACAGACCCAACAGACGAUGCACCAGCAACAACAGCAACAAGGUCCCCAACAACAGCAGGUGAAUCCCCAGAGCCAGGCCCCAGUGCAAAAUGUCCCUCACAAUGGUCCAUCACGUCAAUCAACUGGCCAGCAGACCGUGAAAGAGGGCAGUCGAUCAAAGCCCCAGCCCUGCAAAGUCUGUGGCAAAGUUCUAUCCUCAGCCUCAUCCUACUACGUACACAUGAAACUCCACUCUGGCAAUAAACCCUAUCACUGCACAGUGUGUGAAGCGAGUUUCUGUCGUAAGCCAUAUCUCGAGGUACACAUGAGAACGCACACUGGUGAACGUCCAUUUCAAUGUGAAUUAUGUCUCAAGAGAUUCACCCAGAAGAGCAGUUUAAAUACUCACAAACGUGUACAUACAGGUGAACGUCCCUACGCCUGUGACAUAUGUCAAAAACGUUUUGCGGUUAAAUCAUAUGUAACAGCUCAUCGUUGGAGUCAUGUGGCUGAAAAACCCCUUGUGUGUGAUCGUUGCUCAUUGACAUUUACAUCGAAGAGCCAAUUUGCCAUACACAUUCGUACACAUACAGCAUCAACAACAUACGAAUGUAAUAUAUGUGGACGUACAUUUGUACGUGAUAGUUAUUUGAUACGCCAUCAAAAUCGUGUACAUCGUGAUAUGAAUCAGAGUAAUACAAAUCAUAAUCCAUCAACACCACAGAGUAGUGGUGGACAAACACCUGGUACGGGAUUUGAAAGUCCUGUUUGUGAUUUACGUUACAAUGAUGGGCCAUCAUCACUGGAUGGACUUGGUGGUGGUAAAGGUAUUGCUGUUGAAAUAGCAAGUUUAGGUAAACAAAAUAGCCUACAACUACCGGUACCACUUUUGCAUCCACAAACAACUAACUAGUGUUUAAACGGCAGUGAAAAUCAAUCUCUGCCGUUACAACAAUCGUCACCGCAGCUUGCUGUUUGUCAAUCAUCAGCAUCAUCACCUUAUAAUGUUAAUUCACCGUUGCAGCAAGAUCAAACGACAACGCAGAGUGUAUAUCAGGGAUCCCAUGAAUCGUCUGGUUCUAUUGACAGUCCAGAGGAACGUUAUUCGCAUAUGGAACAGGUUGAUCAUGAACCACAGCAGAUUCAGCAUUAUCAUGAACAUCGGGGUAUACCACCACCUGGAUUACAUCCAGCACUUUAUCUGUACGCUCAGUACACUAAUACGAGUACUCCCAUUAAUUAUCCUGAGUAUAUUCAACGCAACAACUAGGAGACGAAUUUUAUUAGUUGAGGAUUUUUUUUUGGGAAUGUGGGUUGAUGUUUUUAUGCUGGCAUUGAAAAUUUGUUUUGUUUAUUGUUGAGGUUUUUGGGAGGAUUGGUGGAGGGACGAUCUAACGAGUUUAAUUGGAAAUUCGGCUUUGAUUCUGGAGAGAAGUACUUUUUUUCAAUGGAGUUUGAGUUUUCUACACAAAUUAUUUUGUUGAGAUGUAGAAAUCCCUUGACUCACAUUUCUUUUUGUUGCUUUAUGUUCUCAGGAAGGGCAGAAAAUUUUAAGAACAAUUUGAGAUUGUUUUCCAUGGAAUUCCAUUCUUCUGGAUAGAAAUGGUUAGGUUGUGAAAUUCCUAGUGAAGAGAUUAUAGGAAAAAAUUUAAUUCUACUGAUUUUACCUACGAAAUAAUUUCUCCUCAAUUUUUUCGAAUUCAAUUAUUAAAAAAAUAAUGGAAUUUUCUCUGAAAAUCGUUAAGUUGCCGAUCGAAAUUCUUUCGCAGUUCGAUUCUUCUUCAGAAGCACAUGAAGAGAAGAAGAAUGGGAAACUAUAAAUGCUAGCAUAAAAACCGGUAUUCCAAAAUCUCUACGUAUGUUUUUCUCUCAAAAACGCAACUCUUGUUUUUGUUCUCUUUACGUUUUUCAUCUAUAAAAUACAUACAAAUGUGUAUAACGCGAUCAUCACACCCAUAUUUAUGUUAUAUUUUUAAAGGAGUUCUUAGUCACUUGGAUCUGUGAUAUAGAUAGUAAUUAUUAUCAGCAAAGUUUUAAUAUUGGUUUAACUAUUUCGAUAUCAAACGAAGAAAAAGGAAAAAAUUUAUAGCGAAAAAAAAAAAAUGAGAAAAAGUGAAAAUAAAAAAAGCGUAAAAAAUAUAUAUUAGCAGAGCAAUGUCAUGGAGAUAGAGAGUGAACAUAAUGGUCUCUACUUGUGGUUCUCCACCCCCUCCCCCCCCCUUUGUCUGGUGGCCACACGAUGAUUAUUACUAAUUACGCAAUAAUGAAGAACAGAAACGAGGAAUAUGAGAGAUAUUUUCACGAGUGAUAACA